AUUCAAUUCUUUUAUAUUCUCAAACCUUGCUGAAAAUUCUCCCUGAAAAAUGUUGGGCUAUUUGUAAAAGUCAAAUAUAUCCCUUUGAUUUCGAUGGGGCAUCUCUAUAUGGGGUACUGACAGCGGUGCAUCUACUCCAAAAAGUAGUAUAAUAAUACGGGUAGUCUACUCCUUUCGUGGCGCAGACUUUAUACCAACAAUCUUGCUCAAAAAUUGUCUAAUGCAAAUCUCUGCCUACGCGUCUAAAAAGCAGAGUUUUCGUUUAGUUGUGUUUUGACUUUCGGUCGCGCUUUAACUAGGACACGACGUCUCGCAAUGACAAAAUGUUCUGUGAAAAACUGUCCAAAUAACACUAUAUCCAAACUUAAAAAGGAUGGUGUGUCUUAUUUCAGUUUUCCACACAAUCCUGUACGAUGUUCGAAGUGGGCAGCGAUUAUCGGAACAGCUAGAGGUGAAGAAUUUUACAAGCCACGCAAAGGGUCCGUUGUAUGUUCCGAUCACUUUCCUCAGUCGGACAUAUACACAACAAUUAAAGGUUACAGAAGACUUGUUAGAAGUGCAAAACCAACUUUGCUUCUGAAAGACAAUAAUAGAAGUAAUGUCAAUAACAUAAAACAGGAACCAAUCCAAACAGAUGAAGGAAUCAUAUCUGGUCAUCAUAUGUCACAUGCUGAUCAAGAAUCUGUUUUGUGUGGUGAAUCAAGUUACCAGCGCCUACACCAGGACAAAAAUUUAGAAAAAUUGCAACAGUCUCCUUCAUCUUCCUUGAGUAAUGGAUCUAUUUUAGACACUCCCAGAGAAGUUUUUAUGAAGAAAAAAAUCAAUUUGCUAGAAAAAAGGAUCAUAGACAAAAACAAGAAAAUUGACAGAUUGCAAAAACAGAAUAAAAGACUUGCUAAGAAGAAUAUAACUUUGAAGAAUGCAUUGUCCAUUUUUAAUAAAAGUGGAAAAUUUUUUGAGUCAAAAUUAAAAACCCAAAAUAAAGGGCAUCUAUUUAAUAAAUUAUUAACAUUAUAUUUUCAAGGUAAUUAGAUUAAUUAUCAUUUUAUGUGAACAACUGUUUUUUUCUAUACAUAACUUCUCUGUCAUUUAUAAACUACAUUUAGUGCGUGUCGUAGUGUUAUUACUUCGAAUGAGUGUAAGUAUGCAGCUUACAGAGACCAUUCUUCAUAUGGAAUACUUUAACAUGCAUAUGACAUGCUUCAUGAAGUCUACGAAUAAAAAUAUAGUUGUUGAAUAUCACGGCCUUGUGUUCACA